CAAAUCAAAACAAAAAAAAGAUAUGAUAAUAAUGCUUCAAAUUGUUAAUUAGGACAGCAGGUAAAAUAGUUAAAAGAUGGCGCUUAACAGAUGAGAAUUAUGCGCAUCAAAGAAUGCAUUGAUUCGAAAUUACAAUUGGAAGUUGUCAAGUCUUCAAUAUCACAAUAUGCGAAGGAUCUUCAAAAGUAAUAACCUGUCCAAAAAACUCCAUAAUAAAAAUCGAAAGUGCUAUGUAUGGUUGUCUGAGCGUUCAUAAAUGUUUAAACAAUAGUGAAUCAAAUUUGGUUUUUUUAAAGUCAUCAAACAUUGCUUAUAUAAUUCAAGAGUUGUGUGAUGGAAAUAUCAGUUGCUUUAUUCAAUCCAAUAAUAACAGUUCUGGUGGUGAUCCUUGUCCGGGCAUAUUAAAACAUAUGUUCAUUAAGUAUAUGUGUUCUCUAGAGGCUGAAUGUGAUGCUUUUUUACAGGAAAAGGAUACUUUAAUUAAAAAUGGAAGUUUGGUUGCAGUAUUAAAAUCAAUUAAUAAAGAAUACUCUGUCUCUUUUGAAAUAAAUCCUACAGAGUUUUUUCUUACCAAUUAUACAAGUGUCAUUCAUUUAACUACUGGAAACAAUACUUUGAACUACGGUAGUCGCAACCCAGCUGUAUUUUUCUUGAAGAAUGGAAAUGGAAGUGUUCAUGUUUGCUCUGCUUUAAACAGCAGUAUAAAUGUUUGUAAAAAUACAAGUCCAAUACAUCUUGGGAUUUGGUCAUCAAUUAAAAUAUCACAAAAUUUGUUUCAAGCAAAAUAUAUUUAUUCUAUUCAACUCAAUAAUAAGAGUAUUUUAAAUGUUGAAAAUACAGAUGCCCGAACAUUUUUAAAUGUUAGUGUAUAUAUUUCAGAUCCAUGGUACAUUGCUCAACCUGGAUUAAUUAGAAAAGUUGUAAUAAAAAAUGAAUAUUCUGUGUCUUGGGUACAGUGGAGUCCAUGGUCAGUUUGCAAUAAUUCAUUAGGAAUAAUAAAUAGAAGUAGGAAAUGUAAUAUUUCAAAUACUAUGAAAUGGUGUUGUGGUGAAAACUAUGAAGAAAAACAAUGUUUUAAUUUUUGGACACAAUGGAGCAGUUGGUCACACUGCAAUGAUUCUUUUGGAUUUAUACAUAGAAAGAGAGAUUGCAAUGUUUCAAAUUAUUUAGACUGGUGUUAUGGUAAUAACUCUGAAGUCAUGGAAUGCUUUGCAUUUUGGUCCCAAUGGAGCAAUUGGUCGAUUUGUAAUGGUACCUAUGGAUUUACAAACAGAAUAAGAGAGUGUAACGUUUCAAAUGCUGGAGAUAGGUGUCAAGGUAUUGGCUCUGAAGUAAAAGAAUGCUUUGCUUUUUGGACACAAUGGAGCACUUGGUCAAACUGUAACGACUCCUUUGGAUUUAUGAACAGGACAAGAGCUUGUAAUGCUUCCAAUGCUAUGGAGUGGUGUCUUGGUAACAACUUAGAACUGGUAGAGUGCUUUGUUUUUUGGACUCAAUGGAACGAUUGGUCAAGCUGCAAUGGUUCAUAUGGAUUUACUAACAGAACGAGGGGGUGUAAUGCUUCAAAUCAUAUAGAUAAAUGUUUUGGCAAAACUUGUGAAGUAAUGGAAUGCUUUGUUUUUUGGACACAAUGGAGUAGUUGGACUUCUUGUAAUAGCUCUCAUGAAUUUAUGAACAGGACAAGGGAGUGUCUUGUCUCAAAUACUAGUAAUUGGUGUGAUGGUGAAAUGUUAGAAAUAAGAGAAUGUUUUGAAAUGUGGUCAUCAUGGAGUGAGUGUUCUGUAUCAUGUGGAAGAGGUAAUAAAACUAGCUAUUCAUUAAAAGGGAAAGAAAGAGUCGAGUCUUGUGGAACAUAUAACUGUCCAGUUGAUGGAAUGUGGGGUAAUUGGAAAAAUCUUGAUUGCUCUAAGACAUGUGGUAGUGGAAUAAAAACCUUCAGCAGAACUUGUAAUAGUCCUUAUCCUGCCUAUGGUGGUCAAAAUUGCAUGGGUACUAGUAAUUACACAGAAGAUUGUCAUAGUGAUGUAAUUUGCCCAGUAAAUGGAUAUUGGUCAGCAUGGUCACCUUGGUCAUUAUGUUCUCAGCAAUGUGAUGGGGGUGCAAUUAUUAGAUUUCGAAGUUGUACUAAUCCUAAACCAAGUUAUCGGGGUCUGCCUUGCUACGGAAGCAGUAGUGACACAUUUAAUUGUUCUUCGAAAAUUUGCACGCUUGUGAAUAUGAACUUGGUCAUUUUUUUUACGGACGAAAACUAUACUGAGCAAUAUUCUGACUUAACAAGUGAUCCUUCUAUAGAUCUUAAAAAACGAAUCCAAAAAGCAAUUUCUAAUUUUUAUAGCCAAUAUAAAAAGAAUGGUGGUUUUAUUAUUACAUUGAAUUUUAUGAGAAACGAUGAUGGUUCUAAUCAUUAACUCAAUUAAAACAUUUGAUUUUAAUUUUUUCUACAUCCAAGAAAUUGAACUAUGCUGCUAUUCGCAACAUUUCUUGUUUGUGUGAAACAUUGUUCAAUUUGUUUGAGAUUGCUAUUUGGAUUUACGAAUGUCAUAAUGACGAUAAUAAAUUAUUAAGUUUGAUUGACGUUUUUUUUUUUAUUUUUUUUUUAUUGCUGUUACAGCCCUACAUGAUGUGGAUAUUGGAAUGUCUGCAUGUUGGAGAAAAGUGGAGAACAUUUAGUUGUCCAUAACAUGUGUAACUCAAUAUUCAUUGCAAGUAUUAGAUACAAAACCAUUGAUGCGCAUGUUUUUUUAAAGCAGAGAAAAGAAACUUUUAAAAUUCCUAUAAAAGACGAGGUUUUAUAUUGCUACGUAGUAAUAUGAUAUUACAAAAAUUUGAUUUUUUUUUUCUAACCAGUG